UUCAGGUAGAUCGACCACCCUUCCCUUUGUAAGACAUGAGUGUCACCAUCUGGUCACAUCAGUCUGAAGAAGGCGUACAUCCAGGUUGGCGGCCGUAAGCUAACGUACGUUGACUCGCUAUAACAUUGCCUUUGUCACCUAGAUGACGUCAUAGGGGAGGUGGAGCGUGAAAGUGAGAUAAAUAAAUAUAGAUUACAGACAACUGACCGGGCUAUUUAAAGGACGACGUUCGAGCGAAAAGAAAAUUAAACUAUUUUCAUCAUCGUUCAAAGAGGCUGCCACCACUGAUUAGCAGAGCUUCAAAUAUUCGAGACAAGAAAAGUAAGAGUUUGUAAUUGACUGAUAGAGCCCUCGUCCGUCUUUUCAAAGGAAAUAUGGGAGCCACAGAGUUUUUUCGAUGGGAUUUUAAGUUUAUAUGCAUUUUACUGGCGACAUAUUUGAACAGGGCGGCUACCGUACAAGAUUCUGGCGAUGCUAGUCUGUUCACCCUCCAUACAGCCCUGAGAGACGGGGAUUACUACGUUCGCUGGAAAGUUAAUGGAGAAUACAUAACGUUUGAGACCACUGCGCGAACUACAGGAUACGUGGCCUUGGGAUUUUCAACAAAUGGCGGUAUGGCAGGAUCAGACAUUAUCAUUGGAUGGGUUAAUGAUGGCGAAGUCAUAAUACAGGAUUACCAUGCCAUCGGUGAAGAGCAACCGUUGCUAGAUGAGAGCCAGGACGUGGAGGUAUUGGGAGGGACUGACAACGGCACGUUUACCACAUUGAGAUUUAGACGAAAGCUGGAGACUUGUGACGACAAUGACUACACAAUUACGGAGGGAACAGUGCGCUUGUUGUGGGCGUUCCGUGACGGCGAUCCAGACCCAGCCAUUGGUCCUCAAUAUCACGUGACAAACCGUGGUGCCAAGAGUGCCUACCUACUGAAUCCAGUAAAGAAAGAAGACGUGGAGCCUUUGCCUGAUGACACUUAUGCCAUUGAUAUAAUAAACGAUAAGGUUCAUAUACAGAAUAAAACUGAUACCACGUACUGGUGCCAGGGAUUCAAGUUACCAGAAUUUAAUGGAAUACACCAUUUGAUAAGGAUAGAGCCUAUCAUUCAACCGGGGCACGAAGCUUUGAUCCACCACAUUAACGUUUAUGGCUGUUUUCACGAUCUCAACCAAACGGACUUGCAUUUAAAGGGAGGUGUCUGUAACACAGACAACAUGCCGGAUGAUUUCAAACAAUGCAAAGUUUUAAUAAUGGGAUGGGCGUUCGGUGGAGAGGCUCACUCGUUCCCUCCUCACGUAGGCUUUCCGCUUGGAGGUCCUGACGACCCACAAUUUGUGAAAUUAGAAGUGCAUUACGAUAACCCGACUCUGCGCGGUGAUUACGUGGAUUCUUCUGGUCUACGUUUUAUCAUGACACCACGACGUCGCCAGUAUGAUGCUGGUAUUCUUCUGACCGGUGUUAGUAUCACUCGUGGAUUUUUCUUCAUCCCGCCACACUUCGAGAGUUUUUAUGCAUCUGGACAAUGCUCCUCGGCUUCUAUGUCAGAGGCGAUGGCAUCCCAGCCGGAUGGUAUAAAGGUAUUUGCUGUAUGUCUCCACACACAUCUGACCGGAACUGGUGUAUGGUUACGUCACAUCCGGGAUGGCGUUGAGUUGCCAAACAUAAUCGCCGAUGAUCACUACGACUUCAACUACCAAGGGCUGCACUAUUUAAACAAAGAAGUGACAGUGCUUCCCAAUGACACCUUGGUUUCCACCUGUCGACACAAAACUACAGACCGCAACAACAUAACAUGGGGCGGAUACAAAAUAAGAGAGGAGAUGUGCUUCACUUUCCCACUGUAUUAUCCUCGGAUUCCAAAGUGGCAAAAUUGCGUGAGCAUGCCGUCUCAGAUCGACCAGAUUAAGAUAGUCCCUGAUGUAAAGUUCACGCCACUUCGAAACAUUUACGUCAACAUAUCAGAGCCAAAAGAGUUUGGUGGCGAUCAGUUCCUUAAUGCCAUGGAAAACGGCGUGGAUUGGACGAAUCCUAAAACACGUGAGAUGUUUCAACAAAUUGCGAGAAACGCCACGCAAAUAGAAAUAUCAAAUGGAACGGUUCGAAUCGUUCCAGCCUACAAGAUAACCACGCCAUAUAAGCCACUGCAAAAGAACUGUCCUGUCACCAGUCAGACCAUGAGCAGUGCACCAAGUUUCUCUUGUUUGUCGUGGAUUGUACUUAUAGCUUCGGCACUCCUGUUUUCAUUUAAGUUUCAAGAAUAUUAAAAACAGCACUUUUAUUCUAUUUCUGAAUUUUAAAACAGAAUACCCACUUCACAUGAUGAACAAGAGAUGACAUUCAAAUCCUUUACAAUUCUCCAAAUUUACAAAUAAUUUAUUACCAUCCCUCUCUUUGUCAUAUUUAAUUUCGUUUUAAAGCAUCGCAUGCUUUGUCAGUAUUGUAUUUCUAUACGGCUUUUAUGUACGGAUAGUGUAAAUAUACGAUGUACUGCUGACAGUACGCAAAUCACUCAGGUUGGGGUGGGGCAGAGGGUGCAAGGCAAAUGAGCCCGAUCCAGACAAUGCGCGAGUAGUCUAGAGUAUUUUUUAUAAUGGUAGUUAUUGAAAACCAUGUAUAGUUAAGAACGGGGAGUGGUAUUAAGUUAAUAGGCACGUCCUCAUAAUGUACGAUAACUUAGCAGAGGCAUGUAGAGUAGACGGGAAGAACACCGAAACUCCGUAAGAGAUUGAAUAGAAUAGAGAGAAAAUGGAGAUAGUGGGAAAAAAUAAAGAGUAUGAAACAAGAAAGAAGAAAGUUUUGUAAUUUCUACUUUGCGUAACAACUAACACAAAAGUCAAUACCAUCGUCACUCUCUGCACGAGUGGUUAUUUUAACGCAAAACAUCGUAGUCCGUUUGUUGACAUAUACGGCGUCUGAAGGCAAUAUGUACAGAUAAUGAUUUUUUCUGACAUUUUAAACAGUAAGACAAAUGACAGUUCCGUAUACUUUCUUUACAAUAUCUUGUGGAAUACCUAAUGUAAUUUA